UGGGAAAUUCCGUAGGGCACCAAGUUGAGAAGCUGUCCGCCGGCCCCCCGGCUAGCCCAUUCGGGGCAGGAGGGACGGCGCGCGCCGGAGGUGGUGACUCUGGGGCGGGACUGGGGCGCUGGCUCCGCGCAGGUUCCCUCCCGGCGCGCGCAAACCUGCUGGCAGACCUGUGGCCAUGCCGCCCGGGCAGUGGCCGCCCACCAGCUCUGGGGCCGGGGUGGGAGCGCACGCGGCGGCUGGCGGGAAGGGCGCUUCUAGAAGGGCUCCAGCUGCAGGGAGGCCGUCCCGGUGAGGCCAAAGUACGUGUGAUCUGAACCGUUUUUCCUGCUGCGAAUUCUGAAAGUCAUGGGAAGUUCUGAGGGCGGAUGCCUGACACUGCAGUCUUACCACCUUCCGCAGGCCAGGAAGCCAGAGAGGGGAUCAGGUGUUUGCAAGUUCGCCGUCAGAAAUACAAUGGCUCAUCUUGAUUCUGAGGCGAAAGAAGAGUGUCUGAGGAAAGACCUGAAGUUUUACUUCAUGAACCCUUGUGAAAAAUACCGAGCCAGACACCAGAUUCCAUGGAAACUAGGUUUGCAGAUUUUGAAAAUUGUUAUGGUCACGACACAGCUUGUUUGUUUUGGAUUAAGUAACCAGCUGGUGGUUGCUUUCAAAGAAGAAAACACUCUUGCUUUUAAGCACGUGUUUUUGAAAGGAUAUCCUGGCAUAGAUGAAGAUGAUUACAGUUGCAGUGUAUACACUGAAAAGGAUACCUAUGAGAGCAUCUUUUUUGCAAUCAAUCAGUAUCAGCAUCUAAUGGACAUAACCCUGGGGAUUCUUGGUUAUGGAGAAAAUGAAGACAAUAGAAUUGGCUUAAAAGUCUGUAAGCAGUAUUACAAGAAAGAGACUGUCUUUCCUUCUGAGACACUGAAUACUGACAGCAACAUUGAAAUAGAUUGUGUUCACUUAGACCUCCAGGUCCUCACCAAGAACCCUCAGGACUGGAAGAACACAUCAUUCUUCAGACUGGAAUUUUAUCGGCUCAUACAAGUCAAAAUCUCCUUUCACCUCAAAAGCAUUUAUCUACAGAAGAUUCAUUCCGGAGAGUUACCAGGCUGUUACGUCUUCCAGAACACGAUUACCUUUGACAAUAAAGAUCACAGUGGCAAAAUCAAAAUCUAUUUUGACAGUGAUGCUAACAUUGAAGAAUGUAAGAACUUGAACAUAUCUGGAUCUAUUCAGAAAAAUACUCAGUAUGUUCUGGUGUUUGACUCAUUUGUCAUUGUGAUUUGCUUGGCAUCUCUUAUUCUAUGCACAAGAUCCAUUGUUCUAGCUCUCAGGUUACGAAAGAGAUUCCUGAAUUUCUUCCUGGAGAAGUACAAGCGGCAGGUGUGUAACUUCGACCAGUGGAAGUUCAUCAAUGGAUGGUAUGUCCUGGUGAUUAUCAGCGACCUCAUGACAAUAAUUGGAUCCAUAUUAAAGACGGAAAUUAAAGCAAAGAACCUCACGGAUUACGAUCUGUGCAGCAUUUUGCUUGGAACAUCUACUCUCUUUGUCUGGGUUGGAGUCAUCAGAUACCUGGGUUACUUCCAAGCAUAUAACGUGCUCAUUUUAACGAUGCAAGCUUCACUGCCAAAAGUUCUCCGCUUCUGCGCCUGCGCUGGUAUGAUCUAUCUGGGCUACACGUUCUGCGGCUGGAUUGUCUUAGGACCAUAUCAUGACAAGUUUGAAGAUCUGAACAUUGUUGCCGAAUGUCUCUUUUCUCUGAUCAACGGUGAUGACAUGUUUGCGACUUUUGCUCAAAUCCAGCAGAAGAGCAUCUUGAUGUGGCUGUUCAGUCGCCUGUAUUUAUAUUCCUUCAUCACUCUUUUUAUAUAUAUGAUUCUUAGCCUUUUCAUUGCACUUAUUACAGAUUCUUAUGACACCAUUAAAAAAUACCAACAGAGUGGGUUUCCUGAAACAGAUCUUCAGGAAUUCCUGAAGGAAUGCAGCAGCAAAGAGAAGUAUCAGAAAUAGUCCCUGGCCUUCCUGUCCUGCACCUGCUGCCUGAGGCUGGAAACCUAAGAAUGGAAGAAAAUGGAGGAAGGCUGUGACUGGAGACUAAAUAUUGGAGAAACACCUCACUGAGGGAACCCAGGGAGCAAGAUCAUCACACGUUUGGUGGCUGGGCGCCUCCCCAGUGCCCAUGACGGACAGCCCCAGUGAGCACAGCUCCACCUCCUGCAGGCAACAGGCUCGCUCUUUUUCAGCUGACCAGUCUGGCAACCACAACAGAGUAAUUCUCCUUUGAAUUGUUCUCAGAACCUCAAGCCUGAUCAUCAGAACAUGUGGUCUUUCGUUUUGGACUCUGCCAGUUAUCAAAUGUGUCCCAUGACCUAAACCUCUUGGUUCCUCCAGUGUCAUCAGGGUGGAGCAGAUGACCUCUGACACCUCUUCCAAUUCUAAUGUGACACAGUUCUUUGGAAAGGUAUGCUAGGUUGAACAUAUGCGGAGUUAACUUUUCUCCUUAUGGCAGUGAAGGAGGAAAAUCUGCUGUUCUAGCCUUUGAGAAGGCUUUGUCAAAGAAGGGAGAUAGAAGGUUCCAAGAGGUGGACAAUUCCUCAAAAUUUCCAGAGCAUCUACUCAAAUAAAAAAUUACUGUAAAUUGUCCCUCUUAAGUUUUCUUCUCUAAUCUUUUGCCCUCAGAAUGUCUAUAACCUAUGCAUGCCUAGAAUAUAGAGUAUUCCUAUUCCACCUCAAAUACUUAAAAAUCAUUGUUCUUUUUUCCAUUUCCUCCUGCCCGAUUCUGUUACAGGAAAGGAAGUGAUGACCACUUGAUAUUUGUUAACUAAAAUUCUUUUGCUAAAGGUAAUCAAAUUUUAGGCCUCCUUAUCCAGUGACAACACAGAGAGACCCCAAAAAUCUUUGACCAGGACUUCCAAAAAUACUGACUUAUUUAAUCAUGGAGUUUAGAAAGAGGACUGUCAGCUGACUGACCAUAACUGAAAUUCCAAAGUUCCUUUCUGUAAACUUGAUGAUGGAGAAUAAACCACAGUCAACUACAGGCAUUAGUACAAUAGAGCAAUGAAAAUGAAAUUCUGUAUUAGUCAUUUAAUUUAGGACAUCAUAAUGUUGGUAUGAAAAAAAAUUGCAUUUCAGAGUAUGCAAAACAACAUGGUGUUUAAAGCUAUUCUUUAAAGAUGUGUGUUUGUCAUCAAAUAAAGGUUUGUUUUACAGCAGUAGACUCACAGACACUGAGAAGCUACUAGUAGUUACCACAGGGGAGGGGUUGGGGUGGGGAGGUUGGGAAGGGUGAAGGGGAUAAAGGGGCACAAAAUUUCUCAAUCAUAAUGUGAUUGAUCACAGGGAUGGUAGUACAGCGUGGAGAAUAUAAUCAGUGAUUCUGUAACAUCUUUCGAUGUUGACAGAUAGUAACUGCACUAGUAGGGGGUGAAGGUUUAAUAAUAUCGAUAACUCUUGAAUCACUGUGUUGUAUAUUUGAAACCAAUUUAAGAUGGUAUAUCAAUGAUACUUCAUAAAAAAUAAAUUAGUUUGUCUUAAAAAUGAGAUUCUUAGGUUGGAAAACUAUGGGUAAAUGGAAGUUGCCUUGGCCAGGAUCCUCACCUGACCCCAAACUACUUGAUUAUGUAACUGGCCUACUGCUAGACCACUGUUUCCACACCCAUAGGCAAUAAGAUGUUAUUGACUGAGUCACCAUAUCAAGAGCUCCACCCAGUGCUCUGUGCAGAGGUGGAAAUGAGGUGGAUUACCACCUGCAGGCUGCUGGAUGUAGCAAGUUACUUUCUGCUUCUAAGUGAUGGUGAUAAGCCUCAACAAACUGUAGACUGGAAUUUAAGUCAGAUAACUCAUAAAAAAUCUGGCACUGAAUUGAAAUUGUGAUUGAAACCUGAGCUGCUCUUUCCUUUUGCUUUUCUGCCAUUGUUUGUAAGUAGGUUCCUUGGGAACGUGAUUCUAGUGCUCGACCUCCAGCCAUGAGAAUAAAGCCUGCUAAAAACCCUUUUA